AUGUCAGCAGGAUUUACUAUACUCGUAGAACCGUUCCGGAGAGCCUCUUUUCUAGAGCUUCUAAUAUUUUCUAUUCUAUUGUCUCUAGCAAUAGGAAUUACUAAGCUUAUUUACAAUGCCUUCUUCCACUCAUUAGCCCCUAUACCGGGCCCAAAGCUAUACGCCAUCUCGCCUCUUCCUAUAAGCUGGUCUCGAGCACAGGGCAGAUCCCCUUAUAAGUUUGCCGAGCUACAUGAGAAAUAUGGCCCCAUCGUACGCGUCGGCCCCGAUGAAGUCUCUUGUGCCGGUCCCACAUCUUUCAAAGAUCUAUAUGGUCCUCGCUAUGGUAAAGGAGGGCCUUUAACCCGUGAUUCGCGGGCCGCACCGCUUAAGGAGAAGUUCGGUGCCGUGGGCAUGUUUCAAGCUGAAGUACAGGAGCAUGCUAGAAUACGUCGCCAGCUUAACCCUGCAUUCUCCGAAAAGGCGUCACGCGAACAGGAGCCCCUCGUAAUGGGAUACAUCGACUCUAUGAUCCGGAAACUACGCGAUGCCUCGGCAAGGGGGGAUGUUGUAGACAUUGAAAAGUAUACUAUGUGGGCGACUUUCGACAUCCAAGGCGACUUAGUAUUUGGCGAAGAUGUUUUCGAAUGCAUUGAGAAAGAGCAAUACCAUCCUUGGAUUAAAAUUAGUAUGGCCUACUUCACGUCGGGGGUUUAUACACACGCCCUAAACGACAUUUCGUCUUGGGCACUGUGGGUUUGGCAAAAGUUCCUUAUUCCAAAGAGUUUUGCCGAUGCGCAGGACUAUCAUCUUAGGACUACUCUAGAUCUGGUGGACAAGAGGAUGGCUUCUAAGAAGACGGAUCAUCCAGAUUAUAUGUCAUUCGUUACUAGCGAAAGCAAGGCCGGCGAGGUUCUCACGAAAGAGCAGAUGUAUGCCAAUGCCCAGAUGCUGGUAACGGCCGGAUCGGAGACAGUAGCAACAGCAUCCGCUACUACGCUUUUCCUCUUGCUCACUCAUCCAGAAGCUAUGGACCGAGUUAAGCGUGAGAUUCGGUCUACGUUCAGGUCAGAGCAGGAUAUUACAGCUGCUUCCGUUAUUAAUCUCCCAUACCUCUUAGCUUCAAUCGAUGAGUCUAUGCGUGUCUGGGCUCCAGUUGCAACGUCGUUUAACCCUCGACUGAUGUCAUCUGGAGGCUGCGCUGUGGAUGGCUAUUUCAUCCCCGAAGGCUCUAUUAUUGGCAUCCAUAACCAUGCUAUCGGACGGCUGGAGAGAUAUUUUAAAGACGCGAAGAAAUUCGUCCCUGAACGUUGGCUAGGCGAUGAGAGAUAUAUCAAUGACUCAAGAGAGGUCUUCCAGCCGUUUAGCUCUGGGCCAUUGAACUGCCUCGGGCUCACAAUGGGACGUAUGGAGACUCGAGUCAUCCUAGCCAAGCUUAUUUAUAACUUCGACAUCGAAUUAAUGGCCGAGUGCAGAGACUGGCUCGAAAACCAGAAGAAUUAUAUUGCCUGGCAUAAGCCUCCCCUGAUGGUAAAGCUAACCCCGGUAUAG